UGUGGGUAGGGAGGUGCAGUUUGGUGCCGGACUCCGCCUGAGGAGUUUCCCUGGACUUUGCCGGUCGAGCGCUCCUGGCUGGCAGAGAUGCCCCUGGCUCCGGCGUGCGCGGUUCCCAGUGUAGCUCAGUAACCGCAGACUUCAGCGGCAGUUUGUAGUACGGAUGCCUUUUGACUGCAAGAUUGCUGAAAUGCUUUGAGGGCUGUGCCUCCCUUCCUAACCAUGAACGGUUCAAAAUCACCGGGGCUGGCUGGAUUUGGAGUCUUGAGGAACACAACCUGCCACACGGAGAAGAAAAUUUCAGUUUUCUUUUCAAUAAUCUUCAUGACGGUGGGAAUUUUGUCCAACAGCCUCGCCAUAGCAAUUCUCAUGAAGGCAUACCAGAGAUUCAGGCAGAAAUCAAAAGCCUCCUUUUUGCUUCUUGCCAGUGGCUUGGUUGUCACAGAUCUCUUCGGCCACCUCAUCAACGGAGCCAUUGCAGUGUUUGUGUACGCGUCGGAUAAAGACUGGAUCCGAUUUAACCAGUACAACAUUCUUUGCAGUGUUUUUGGCAUCUGCAUGGUUUUCUUUGGUCUGUGCCCACUCUUCCUGGGCAGUGUGAUGGCCGUUGAACGGUGCAUUGGAGUCACUAAGCCAAUAUUUCACUCUACAAAAAUGACUUCUAGACAUGUGAAAAUGAUGUUGACUAUGGUAUGUCUGUUUGCUGUUCUUAUAGCUUUGCUGCCUAUUCUUAGGUUUAGAGCCUACCAAAUUCAAGCAUCGAGGACCUGGUGCUUCUAUAAAACAGAACAUGUUGAGGACUGGGAAGACAGAUUUUAUCUCUUACUUUUUUCUUGCCUUGGGUUACUGGCCCUUGCUAUUUCAUUCUUGUGCAAUGCUGUCACAGGAAUUACCCUCUUAAGAGUCAAACUUAAAAGUCAACAAAGACAAGGGAGAUCUCAUCAUUUUGAAAUGAUCAUUCAGCUCUUGGCUAUAAUGUGUGUUUCUUGCAUUUGCUGGAGUCCAUUCCUGGUGACCAUGGCCAGGAUUGGGAUUAACGAGAGCCGCUCGAAGGAGACGUGCGAAACGAUACUUUUCGCCCUCCGAAUGGCCACGUGGAACCAGAUUUUAGAUCCCUGGGUGUACAUUCUCCUCCGGAAGGCCGUGCUCAGGAACCUGUACAAGAUCACGAGGGGCUGUUGCGGUGUUCACAUCGUGAACUUGCACGUGUGGGAGCUCAGCUCCAUCAAGAAUUCUUUGAAGGUUGCGGCGAUAUCCGAGUCGCCGAGUUCCAAACAGAUAAACCCGCGGCCGCUCAGCUCGAGGGGACAGUGAAGUUUAACACAGUCUGUGAAGAGACAGUGGAGGCAACGCUCGUGCAGGGGCAGUACCUUGAAGUGAAUUCCAAGGCUCAGUGCUUUGGCACGUCUUUUAAAUUGUGAGUGGUUUGCUGUUGUCGCUCGCCGGUUUGAUAUUGCUACUCCAAAAGAUGCCCUGGGAUGUUUUAAUUCUUUCUGGAAUACAUCCCUUCCAAAACUGGUAGUGGAAUGAUAAGUCAUCCAUAUUUCUCCCUUCCAGGUACUAAAGUGAACAGGGCUCCUUAUAAUACUCCCCACCAAACCUUGGAGGGCUUCUUAAGACUGGAUGCGAGUGCAAAAGUGUUCUCCAAGGUGAUUUUUAAAAGGAGUAGAUUUUCUCUACCCCAAAUCCUUUGCAGAGUCACUUCUUUCUAGGAUAAAGUCCAGUGUCCUUUCCAUAAGGGUAUUCUUUGCUUCUAGGCAUUGAAUUUACCAAUUGUGUAUAUAAAAGACAUUUUGCUUGUUCCUAGUUUAUGAAAUGAUCCACUUUGCUUGGUUCAUUGAUUUGACCUCUUGUUAUUCCAUGAGUUUUUGGGGAGAGCUGCAAGCUUCAUCAGUGUAAGUGUUCCUUUCAGCUCACUGACAAAACCCAAGGUUUCCUGUGGGAACACAGGAGCAGAGCAGCUCAGCUUGCUUAGUUACAUUUUCAGAUUCAUUGGUGAGUUUUUAGUCCUUUCAAGAAAUUUUGUUGAAACGACCAGACAUAAAGCAGCGGUUGGUCUGUAAAAAUAGGUUUUCACCUCCCUCCCAGAACUGAAGGACAAUUCUGGAAGUGUUCCCCUAGUGCACAUACUGAAAUGCUCAUGUGGUACAUCUGCUUCAUUUGUUAAAGGUCACAAGUGUCUUGUGAAAAUGUGUGUGACCAAAUGAACACCUCUGCAGGGAACUGCUUUGGGAAUGUGGUUUUGUUUGUGCAAGCUGAAUGCUCAGUUUUUGCAGGGUCUGUGUCUGAAGAGCUGAGAACAUUCAGUAUAUUUGAAGGUACCAGAAGGUUUCCAGGACUUCACACAAAAGGCCCUUCACCUAUAAUGCUGCUAACAGAAGCUUUGGUUUUUGUGACUGUAUGCUGUUCAGAAGCAAAAAAUGAGAGGUGUUGUUUUAGGAUAAAAAGAUCUAUUUUAUUUUUAUCUACUUAACUUCAAAUAACUACAUUAGUGGUGUUGUUAUAUUUGAACAAAGUAGUUAAAAACAGAUUCACCAAGAGAACAGUCUGAGGGACCAAAACUAUUCACAAAGUACAAAUUCAUGUUGUACGUGAGAAUAGUUUAAGUCAGAAAAUAAAAAACCAAAAGGUGUAAAUAUUUCAUUUUUUUUUUUAAGCUAUUUCCUUUUUGUUUUAAAAAAGUUGAAAAAUAAGUGGGUUAAAUAACCCUGUAAUGAAAUGGCUUCAUUUACCCUAAAGAAUUUCUGUAUGUGAUUUGUUUUCUCAGUCGUGGAGCUGAUAAGCCGUGGACAGAUUUGAUGCUGGUAUAAGUUCUGCACUGUUGCUUCACGUGGGUUCUGCUGAAAUCUGAAGGCAUUCACUCAGUGCUCAGUUUGGCUUUUUCAUUUUGUAGAAUAUGAUGUCAGUGUAUCUGUUGAUAUAAAUUAUUUGUUCCUUAUGGGAGAUUGUUGUUUUAGCAGCUGCAAAAAAAAACAUUGGUCCAUAAGCUGUUGAGAUGUUUGAUCGGUGAAUGAAGCUCGACAAUGUUCCAUUUUGUUGUGUGAAUAAAUGUAGCUUGUGUAGUUCAGACUGGUUGACUUGCAAAGCAAACAGAAGUUUAUAUGUAUAUGUGAUUUCUUAUAUUUUGUGUACUAAUACAUAUUGAAUGUAAAUUGUAAAGCCUCAUUAAAGUUAUCAAACU